AUGGCGAAAUCGCAAAAAGAGGAUACUAAUUCCGAUAGCAACGGUCAUUUAUUCGAUGUAUUAGGUAAGCAGUAGGUGCAACGCACAUUAUAAUCCAAAAAGUGAAAUACAGAAGAAGGUGCAUCUCAUCCGACAGUGGCACCCUUGCAACCACGGUUUUCUCCUAAAUACAUUAGAAACACUUUUUGGUCUGGGUAUCUCAAUAAAAUUAGCAAUAAUCGAAAACAGAAGGCGUGCUUGGGACGAUGGGAAUAGGGAAAAGGCUUAACAAAAAUUUGGGUUAAUUAAAAUGAGCUCCAUCAAGGAAUCGGCAUGUUAAAAGGGCAAGAGGUACACCUAUUACAGGCACCAAUGUCUGUCGCGGUGAUUGGCGCAUAAAAAUGGCACAUGAUUUACGUAUAGGAACUGAAUCUGUCGCUGAACGCCCGUCUUCGGUUUUUUUCAAGUAGAUACAUUGUACGGUUUCCCUGUUUCCCCAGUUUACUCUGAUUACCUCCUAGAACCAUUUUGUUGGUUAGAAAUUGUAAUUUUAGAGGGUACCAAAUCUUAAAUAACAUUUGGUUAACCGUUUUUUCCUUCUUUGUUUUUGUUUUUUGUUUUGCGGUACUGGGGGAACUAACUUAAGGAAUUGGCCACCUCUUCGAAAUAUUUUAUAAGUAGACAAUUGGCUCCUACAAAAAGAAUUUAAUUCCAUGCCAUGGAAACGCACCUUCGAAUAAACCAAUCCAUCUGAAUGGUUUUUUAGUUUACUUUACAAUCCCCACCGGCCCCAUCUCACCAAUUCAGGUUUUCUAUAACUCGAGCUUGGUCACGCCCUUGGAGUUAGACACAUAAUUUGUUUAUAAAUUGCAUAGGAUGAUAAAAAGAUGCAAAACCAAGUCUCCCGCUCUUCUUUGCAGAUCAUUAUCGCAACAUUGCAAGCAAGUAUGACUACUUCUACAAAGAAAAUCACCAAGGUUAUAUUCCUAUCUUAAUGAAGUGUUUGGACUUAAAGCCAGAGCACGUGGUCGCUGACAUUGGUAGUGGAACGGGGGCCAUUGCAAAAGAUCUCUUUGAAUUAUCAGGGCUUCAUAAUCCUAUUUGGUGUGUAGACCCCAGCGUGGAAAUGCAAGAAGUAGCUCGACAAAAGAAAGGGGUUUACCCAGUUGUGAAAACGGCCGAAGAAUUUUUUGCGAACCCGCAAAUCAGAGAGAGAUUUGACAGAGUGCUAGCUACUAUAAGUGCACAUCAUUUUGUUAAUUCCGAUGCGGUUUAUAAGGGAAUACUUCUUAGCCUUCGCCCCGGGGGUUUUUAUGUGCAGAUAAACACUGUCAAGUGCAGUCUUCCGCCAUUCAAAGGUGUGAAAAAACUUUUGAGCCAAUGCUUUGAGCGAGAGAAGGAAAUCUCAUCUCCGUUGCUAAGGGAAAUCGGUUUGAAUGCAAAUAUUUCCAAUCAAGAAUUCUCCUUUUCUGCGGCUGUGACAAAAUCUAAGUUGUACGAAAAAUAUCGAUGCCGCUUUUUAAGUUUAUUACAG